AUGGCAUCAUACAUUGGUGGAUAUGCACAAGAUCGUUUCCAAACUUCAGUCGACAAGAAUUUCUUUUGUCCAAUUUGUACAGACGUAUUGAAAGACCCAGUACAAUGCCACAACCAACACUAUUUCUGCAAGGCGUGUAUAACAAAACAUCUUAAAUCUUAUUCCCAGACAUGCCCCGUGUGUAUGCAAAAACUGAACGAAGAAGCGCUGGCUAGACCACCACGAAUUGUUACAGACUAUCUAGAUGGUUUGAUAAUCAAUUGUGACCACAGUGAGUGGGGGUGUACUGAGACAAUGGAACUAGGGGCACUGAACACUCAUGCAGCAAUUUGUGCUUAUAGACCGGUUGUUUGCUCCAAUGAUCAAUGCAGUGUGAUUGUAAACAUGAAAGAUCACGAAGAACACGAGACAAAACAUUGUGAGUAUAGGCUGAUUCAUUGUCAUGAAUGCAAUGAAGACAUGUCAGUUAAGAGAUACGGUAAACAUGCAUGUUUAUUAAGGAAAGAAGUUGACCAGAUGAAAGUACUUUUGUUCGAUAUAAAAAAUCAAGUGAUUAAAAUGCAAGAAACCCAAGACAGAAAGUUCGAGGAAGUGUUGGAUGGGAUUCAGAAACUUUCAUCAAGCUCACAAUUUGUUACAAACAAAGCUACGCCUGCUGUUCUCCCAAGUAGCACACAAGAGAACAUUGUUGUCCUAGGAGGGAUGAGCAAUGGUAAAUCACUUCAUUCUGUUGAAAUGUAUUCAAGCCUUACCCAAUCUUGGACACAAUUAGCACCAAUGACAGAAUGUAGAGCAUCUGCGACUGCACACUGUUAUGAAGACCAAAUUAUUGUCACAGGUGGUGGCAACGACUGGCAAUCAACUGACAGCACAGAAACAAUGUUUCUUGGGAUGAUGCCAGAACAAUGGUAUUCUUGUCCAUUUGAACUCCCAGAGAAGUGUCUCGCUCACAGAACUGUGAUUCAUAAUGAUUAUUUAUGGACUGUUGGUGGAACUAUAGAUGAUCAUACCUCAUGUUGUUCCAAAGCUAUUAGCAAAGUGUUCCUACAACCUCCUUUCACCAUGAUGCUGGAAGCUGAAAUGCCACAACCUCUUUGCUAUCAUGGUUUAGAAAUUAUUGGUGAUAAUUUUAUGAUUAUUGGUGGCUCAACAAGUGGAUCUAUCAAGGAUGCUGUUAGCACUGUUUUGUCAUACAAUAUUGUAAGUAAGAAAAUUGUGCAAAUGUCACCUUUACCUUUCCCCAUGCUAGACAUGACAACAGUUCGAAUCGGAGAAGAUGUUCUUAUCAUUGGUGGCACAAACCAACAACGUAGAUCUCUAAACACAGUGUACAAAUAUAACUAUAAGACCAUGCAAUGUACACAAUUACCAUCAAUGAAAUACAAGAGAUCAGAAUGCGCAGCUGUUGUUUCUGGCCAUCAAGUGUUUGUCAUGGGAGGUGAUAUAAUUGACGGAGGUUAUCACAAUUCUGUUGAAUGUUUUGAUCUUCGUAAUCAGGUUUGGGGUGAACUUCCACCAAUGAAUGAGGCUAAGAACAAACUUACAGCUGUUUGUGUUCCUGCUCGUUUCUUUUAAAACUUGGACGUUUAGAAUCUUUGACAAGUGCUUCACAAAAUCUUUAAAUCUGUUGACUUAGCCAGCAUGAAAAAUAAAAAUGUCUGGUGGUACUGUACUGGC